UGUGAUGACGGUGAUGCCAGACGCCCGCCGCACCCCGCCGUCGACACACACGCCCGUGCAAACUACCACGCCCGCGCUCUCCAUCAUACACGCGCCCGCCACCACGCGACCCUCCGCCGCACCCUUCACGACUUUGCGUCCGUGCUCGCCACCAGACACACACACCCUAUACGGACACCAGCAGGCUACUGAGUGCCCAGUGGCAGUGCUGGAUAGACUGUGCCCACAGGUGAUGGUGGGGAAGGGCGGCUGUCUGGGUCACCAGCCGCGAUACUGACUUUCCGCCGCCGCCGUCGCAGCCACUACAACCGCCGCCACCACCAGCACCGCCAGCGCCACCAGCGCCGCCGCCGGCAUGGCGAGCAGUGAGAGAAAGUCGUUCUGUAUAGAGUCGCUGUUGUCGCGCGAGGUAGUAGAGGGAAGCGGGCGGCGUGCCCUCAGCCCCGCCGCCCUUUCGCAUGAGGCUGGUGGCUCCCCAGGGCCAUCGCCGCCCCAUAGCCCUCAGCCGCCGCCCCACUCCUUGGCCUCUCCGGCGCUGCUGGGACGCGCCUCAGGGGUGCUGGGGACAGGCACGGUGCCUCUGAUGCCUCCACACCUCUAUCAAUACCCGGUGCCACCCGCCCUCUUUCCCACCGCUGCCUUCCCACCAGGAGCAGCCUCUCCUCUUCUGGACGCCCAGGCUCUCUCUGCUCUCAAGAAUGGUGCCGCCGCCCUUCCGCCCGCCGCCCUUGACUGGUUCGCUCGUGCGGGUCUCAUGUACCCCAGACUACACCCAGACCUAGCCGGUGUGCCUCCCAGGAUCUCCGCUGACAACUUGUUUUACAGCAUGGGUCAACACAGUCUACUAGGCAAGACGCGCCGGCCCCGCACCGCCUUCACCUCCCAACAACUGCUAGAGCUCGAGAAACACUUCCGCGAGAACAAGUACCUAUCGCGGCCCAAACGAUUUGAGGUGGCCACAAGCCUCAUGCUGACGGAGACCCAGGUCAAAAUAUGGUUCCAGAAUCGACGGAUGAAGUGGAAACGGAGCAAGAAGGCGCUAACUGACACGCGCAAGGACGGGAGAAAGGACGGCAAGGAGAACUCAGGCGGAAAGGAGGAAAGGGGAACCGUGACAGGCGGCGGCAGUGGUGGGGGCGGGAAGGACUCCAGCACUGGGGACGUUGGAGUGACGGCGGCUCAUGACACCUCCCUGAGCGGCGGUGUGGAGUCUGAGGAUGAGAUUGAUGUGCAGGAGGACACAGUGGGAGGUGAGGAUGGCGUGAGGGGAGUGGUGGUUGGGGGCGGCAGGGGCGAGGAGGCCAUGUCCCCCGGCAGUCCAUCACAGCCCGCAGAGUCGUCGUCAUCUGCAGCUCCGUCACCUGACCCACGACGCUACGAUGUUAUGUACGAUCCUCUACCACCACAUCCGCACCCACCACACCCUGCCCUCCACGUGGUGCCGCCCCCCCAGGCUCCCCCGACCGUCACUUCCGCGUCAGGGGGCUCCUCCAUGUUCUCGGGGCAGUACCAGCAUGUGCCACUCUCCGCCGCCCUUCUCACAAAGCUGCCCCCUGAAGCGGAGCACCUCUACCGUCCCUACGUGUCAUGAGAGGCUCCCCCUGGCUAUGCCCCAUUCUCCAUCCCAUAUCCAGGGCCGCCGCUCUCGACGCCCACCACCUACGUGAUGCUCUCUCAGCCCUUUGUCAGGCACUACCAUCAGCCGCCCAUAACACACCACCACCACCAGCUAUGCCUCGAACGUUCCCACACCAGUGCUACUCACAUACAGAUAACGUAGCGUCACUAAAGACAAGGUUAUCUUUCCUCUGAAAUGUUCUAACUGCGAAUCAAUCUGCAGCUGUACUAAGGACAAGGCUGCAGCACUUUUAGAGCCACUAACGUGUGCUAAUCGUGACUCAGAGACCGUCGUGUGAUUGACAAAAGUGAACGUCCUCUUCCCGCUGCCGCCUGCAGGGCAGUGCUGGAGUGACGGGCUGUGGUUGAGCUAACUAUGUGUUUGUAUCUUAUCCACGUGUGAGGUGAGGUUAUCCAAUUCUCACAUAAUUCUGAACGAGGAAGGAGUGUGUGUGUGUGUGUGUGUGUGUGUGUGUGUGUGUGUGUGUGUGUGUGUGUGUGUGUGUGUGUGUGUGUGUGUGUGUGUGUGUGUGUGUGUGUGUGUGUGUGUGUGUGUGUGUGUGUGUUCGUACAUCAUUAUCAAUAAGCGAUUAACAAAAAAAUCACGCCCAACCCCGCGAAUGGAAAAUUUGUAAGAAGAAAAAAAGUCGAGGGAAAAAGUGCAAUCUUAAACCAGUUGACGCGCGGCGGACUAUUAAGUCACCGCCAAGUGGUGACAGUGUGGCUCACGACACUACUGCAAACUUCCAAGGCUAUUCCUUAGCAGACGAAGCUAUAAAAAAAAAGUGUUUCCUAAGUGUACAUAGGAAGAAAUAAGAAAAACAUUCUAAUCUUUGUGUAUCUCGUCUUGUGCAGCAGCUCGCCUAGAUGUAUAGUGUACCGCUCUACCCCUCAUUCCCCCAUCACUCCCUCCUGUAUAUCCCCCUACUCUUCCUCACCACACCCUUCAUCCUACUUUUUCCAUUCUUUUCUGUCCUCAUCUUUCCUUCGCUUUCUCUCUGCCUCUAUUUUCUUCUACCUCCAGUUGGCAUCCCUCCCACCCGCCGCUCCCACAGUUUUCACAGACGGGUUCCAUCACUGUCCACGAGCAGACGCUUACACGACACACAUCUGCCUCUCCUCGCCAUACACACCUCCUGUCAGCUUCACACCAAGGGCUUCGGAUCUUUGGUUUUGCUUUUCUAGACAACCUGCUUGAGUUUCAGACACGUGGCUUGGCUAUUCAUAAGACACCUGUUAGGCCCCGGGGCAUGCAUAGCACACACACACACACACACACACACACACACACACACACACACACACACACACACACACACACACACACACACACACACACACACACACACACACACACACACACACACACACACACACACACACACACACACACACACACACACACACUCCAGUUUCCUUGAGAUUAUUUCACAAUUCCAUAAAACAGGUCCCAGUCAGCGGCCGAAACUAAACAGCAAGUGUCAUUGUGUUCCUGCCAGCCGCCCUGAGAGCACACUGUUCCUCCUGAACGUAGCAGCAGCUCCGUGGCCACACGCAUACAAAACAAACAAAUUACCUGCUAGGUUAACUUAAAAUAAAAUUAAAAUUUCUUACGGAUGAAUGGUCAAGUGUGGGAGAAGCGAAACACCUCCAAGGCCGCGGCGUGAUGGUGCCCCUCAAGGCUGGUCAACACGCCGGGUCAUGGCGGGAAUCACUUUCUCCGCCUCUACGGUUAUUACAUCAAAUUGUCUUUCUCUCUCUAAUUCCAUUCAUUCUCGUAAUUAUACAUAGUGAAAAAAUAAACGAGUAACUCACACUU